CCUGAAAAUCACUUGUAUCUGUAAUUUUCAUUCAAUGACAUCAGUGAUCGCCAAUAGAUACAUAGAAAGUGUGCGUUUUUAUAAGUUGCGUUGUGUUUGUUGUUUUAACUACCGGUCCAUGUUGUGUCAGCAGUGCGACUUUUCGUUUACACACAACAACUAAUGACCUGCAGUAGAUCACGUUACCUCUCCAACUGGACCAGUCCUGUUCUGUGACCAUCAGCUUCGUCUCAGUCCCAUUAAAAGUUGCUCACAUAAAUUUCGCUGACUACUCCUGAAAUACCACACCGUCGGGUUCAUUUUUAAAAGAGGCUGUCAUUUUCGCCUUAAAACUGUAAACGCAAAGAUAAAAUCUGGAAUGUGUAAGGAAAAUUGUUUUAACACAAACUGUGCCAUUUCACCCUGUAGACACAUAUCGUGCUUUCGUUGGUUUUGUUGCGAAAGGAUUCGUCGUUAGUGGAGGUGAAACGCAAGGAUAAUUUACAGUGAAAGAACGCAGUGUCUGAGACACAGCAGCGUUUACCUGAGACUAUUACCUGUGUGAAGUGCAACUGGACGAACUCACACAAACGUGGAUUUUACAAAAGAAAAUAAAGACACUUUCUGGAAGUAAAGAUCUAAAGUACGCUACUUAGAUAUGUAUGUUCCAUUUUGUAAACUGAUCUAGACUGAGAAACAGAAUUUUGUCUUCAAGGUGAUUUUUAAUUCUUAUGGUUGCUAUGAUCCGGAGUUGACUCACAUCAUGUCCAAAUCCUCAGAUCAGUUUGACAGCUCAGAUUGCGUGUGUUCAGUCGGCAUGAAGCUGACUUGGGAUAUAAACGACCCCAAGCUUCCACAGGACAUGAAGCAGUAUGAUCCGUUCCAGGAGUGGACAGAUGGAUAUGUACGUUAUAUUUACAGCAGUGAAGACAAGAAUGCACAAAGACACCUGAGCGGAUGGGCCAUGAGGAACACUAACAAUCAUAACUGUCAGAUCCUGAAGAAGUCAUGCCUUGGUGUGGUGGUGUGUUCACGAAACUGCCCUCUCCCAGACGGGUCCAAACUUCAGCUGAGACCGGCCAUCUGUGACAAAGCACGACAGAAACAGCAAAAAAAGCUUUGUCCAAACUGUAACUCUGUUCUCGAGUUGAUACCAUGCAGAGGUCACAGUGGCUAUCCAGUAACCAAUUUUUGGAGAGUAGAUGGCAAGGCAAUUUUUUUCCAGGCUAAAGGAAUACAUGACCACCCAAGACCAGAGAGUAAGUCUGAAACAGAGGCAAGAAGGAGUGCAGUGAAGAGAAGGAUGUCUUCACCUAACUCUUCACAGAAAAGAAGACUGGUGGAGUCCGAGCCUGGACGUUAUCACGACAUGGCCUUUCCUAAUAUCCACCAGCUCACCAUGGAGGCCCCAGAGCGCUUCAGCAUCAUUGCAGAGUCCAACUUCCCAAUACAGACCCAACACUAUCCUCCUUUCCAGAACACAGAGUCCUACAAGUUCCCUUAUGACACACACACAGCAGCGGCCAUGGCGGAUGCUCCGAGCUCACUGCAGAAGCCUGCGAACCACCGUCUGUAUAUGACCCGCCCUCCUUGUGGGUAUGACUUUGCAGUCCCAGGAUACCUUGGCUCAGGGCCUUAUCCAACAGCACUGUAUAAGGAUCCUUCAAGCCCACAAACUGAGACAGAACCCAAUAAGUCGGGGAGUAGUUUGAGUGCCAUGCCUCAUGGCACAAGUCCAUUAGGGAGCCAUGAGCGGAGCUACACAGAAAGUACAGGAAAGCAUCAUGGCUGGAAGCAAAUUCUGAGUAAAGGUGCCUAUGGGGAGAGAGGAGACUACUCUCAGCUGCCAACCAAUGCCAAUCACCACUUCUACAACAGUGAAUACCCAUGUAGGUACUCAGGACCUGCCCCUGCCACCCCGGCAGCAUUGCAGACUAUAAUAACCACAACCACAAAAGUGUCCUACCAGCCAUGCCCCAAGCCAUCUGUUGUCAAAUAUGGAGAGAACCUCUAUGAUGUGAAAGGCCUAUCUAACUGUAACUCAAUCUUGGAAGAAGCCUCUUCCAAUUCCUACUCGGACCUCAAGAUUCCAGAGGAUUCGGGAGUGAUUAAAUCUGCCCUCUCAUACCAGGACACGCUCCCAGCUAAAAUCGAGAGAUCUGAAAACUUUGAGGGCUAUCGCUACAGCAGUUACAGCUCAAAUAGUUACCCUGAUCGAAUGUCGCAUCCUUUUAGGUAUGACAGCGGGGAAUACUGAGGGACUGCAGAAAGAUCAAACAGAGUGUAUAUAACUAACUAAAAAAAAAAAACCUAAGCAAGUACAUAUUAAUGUGUAAUUUAUAUUCAGUAUUUGAGCUGUUUUAAUGUCUUUAGUUUUAAAGUGACUGUAGAUACCUUGUGGAAUCUUGUGUAAACUUAUGAUUCACAUUGAUUAAACAGACUGAUAUCAGUGUUGAGUAUAUUUCUAUAUAUUCAGGUAACGUGUUUAAAGCCAUGAUUGGUACUUAGCUGUUGUCUUUGAAAUAAAUAAAAAUGUGUCAAAAUA